GAAAAAAACCUAUGACGAGUGGGAAAACCACAAUACCCAAGAUGCACUAGGUGAAAUCACAACAAUUCGCCUGAGAAAAAGCCGGCAUUUCAACUCUUCCUACCAUACGAGGUAAGGUCGCCAUGGCACCAGGGGAUGUGGUGCCGGAGCAUGUCAAGCAGCCCAAGUCCAAGGAGAAGCCCUCGGCUGCCGCCACCCGAAUCAAAUCACCCAAAAUCGAGUCGGACGGCUCCUUCGUCUUUGAGGCCCAGGAGGCCUGGAAGGACUUCCACAAGUCGCUGAGACAUUUCUACGAAGUGGGAGAGUUCUGCGACGUCACGCUUAAGGUCGGGAGCAGGCUCAUACUUUGUCACAAGCUUGUGUUGGCUGCCGUUAUCCCCUACUUCAGGACCAUGUUUCUGACCGAUAUGACAGAGGCCAAGCAGAAACUGAUCGAAAUCAAGGACUUUGAUGGCGAUACCAUCCAGGAACUGGUGUACUUCGCCUACUCCUCCAAGCUCACACUCACAGUAGACAAUGUCCACCCUCUUCUUUAUGCUGCCUGCAUCCUUCAGGUGGAGCUGGUGGCGCAGGCUUGCUGCGAGUACAUGACGACCCACUUCCACCCGACCAACUGCUUGGCGGUGCGCACCUUUGCCGAGACCCACAACCGCGUGGACCUGAUGGAAAUGGCCGACCGCUACGCCUGCGAGCACUUCAGCGAGGUGAUGGAGAGCGACGACUUUACGAGCCUGUCGCCGCAGCACAUGUGCACGCUGCUGGCCUCCAGCGAGCUCAACGUCCACUCGGAGACGCAGGUCUAUAAGGCGGCCAUGAAGUGGCUCAAAGCCAACCCGCAGCACCACCAUGACUGGCUGGACCACAUCAUCUCCCAGCUGCGCCUCCCGCUGCUCCCUGUGGACUUCCUGACCGGCACAGUGGCCAAGGAUGAGAUGAUCAAAGGCAACCUGAGCUGCCGCGACCUGAUGGACGAGGCUCGGAACUACCACCUGCACAUCAGCAACAAGGAGGUGCCUGACUUUGAGUACUCGGACCGCACCGUGCCCCGAAAAUACACCGCAGGGGUUUUGUUCUGUGUGGGCGGACGUGGCGGUUCGGGUGGCCCGUUUCGCAGCAUCGAGUGCUACUCCAUUAGUAAGAACAGCUGGUUCCUGGGCCCUGAGAUGAACAGCAGACGGCGUCAUGUUGGAGUCAUUUCUGUCGCAGGGAAGGUUUACGCCGUGGGUGGACAUGAUGGUAACGAGCACCUGGGCAGCAUGGAGGUGUUUGACCCGCUAACCAACAAAUGGAUGAUGAAAGCCCCCAUGAACACUAAGAGGAGAGGUAUCGCCCUGGCCGCACUUGGCGGUCCCAUUUACGCCAUCGGUGGUCUGGAUGACAACUCGUGCUUCAGCGACGUGGAGCGCUAUGACAUCGAGAGCAACCGCUGGAGCAACGUGGCCAACAUGAACAUGCCCAGAGGAGGCGUUGGCUCCGUGGCAUUGGGCAGUUUCGUGUACGCGGUGGGCGGCAACGAUGGCAGGGCGUCGCUGUCUAGCGUGGAGCGCUUCGACCCGCACCUCAACAAGUGGCUCGAGGUCGCCGAGAUGGGCCAGCGGCGUGCCGGGAAUGGGGUCAGCAAUCUGAACGGAUGCCUCUACGUUGUGGGUGGUUUUGACGACAACUCGCCUCUGUGCUCUGUGGAACGUUUCGACCCGCGAAUGAACCGCUGGGAGUUCGUCUCUGAGAUGACCACCCCGCGCGGCGGCGUGGGCGUCGCCACGGUGAUGAGCCGCGUGUUCGCCGUGGGCGGCCACAACGGCAACAUCUACUUGAACACGGUGGAGGCCUUCGAGCCGCGUAUGAACAGGUGGGAGCUGUUGGGCUCCGUGUCGCACUGCCGAGCGGGAGCGGGCGUGGCCGUUUGCUCGGCGCACGUGAGCCAGAUCCGAGAUAUCGACCAGGGAUCGAACAACGUCGUCAACUGCAUGUGACGGCGGGCCGUAAGCGCACACCAUCUCUCCUGGUGCUCUUUCUUGUCAUCGUUCUUCCAUGUCGUCCAUUUUGUUCAUUCUGUGACCAUGUAUGUCACACGAGCUCGUUUCAUCCAAGGAAUUGACCGUCGACUAAGUAACCACGCCUCACGCUGGUGGUGUGGCAUUAUAAUUUUGGGUCAUGAGCUAACAGCAGAACAGCAUUAUUAUUAUUUCAUAGAGACCAAUGCAUUACUUAACAUCAAGCGGACCCAGGUACACUUUCUUUUUCAGUUUCUUUUGUUUUUAAAGUAAAUUAACUUUUCUGUUGAGGACGACUGCAUAGCUUUACCCAGAGCCCAGAACUUUUGAACCACAGUGAUUUGGCCAGUCUGUGAACAGGGGUAUGGCCGAGGGAAACGUUAAUCCUCAAAAUAUCGAAAGGGGACCUUUAUGAACAUUUCACAGAUUAACGAGCACAAUAUUUGAUCAUGAUCAUUUGUUGGCGUCUUCGUUUUUCAGAAGCAUAAUAUUUAUGCUUAUUUUUCUUUUAUUUACACACAAUUUUUGGUGGGAAAACUAGCUAGAAAGAACAUAAAAGUCGACCAGGUUCAAAUAACAUUUUCACGCGGUUCAAAUUCGCUAAUCUUGUGUCCGACGAGGUUGACAGGCUUUUGUGUCAGUGAAUUCCAAGAGAUUUUCAACCGCAUCAAUCAUCAUGCUUGAACAAUCAUGGCUGAUAAUGUUUUGAAUUAAAACUGAUUGCUGUGUUGCACAGAUGCAUUCAAAGGUGUCGGGGACUGCUUUUUGUGCGAGGGGCGGGAGGUCGGGAUGUUGAUAGCCAGACUGUCAGAAGCUAAAUCACACACAACGUUCCAGUCCUCCCAUAUGAAAAAAGAUACAUAUAUUUUUUAAUAUAUUAUGGACACUUUUGUAAUAUGCAAACAUCGCUGUAUCAAAGCUGUUAUGAGUGUUACAAUCUUUAGUUGGGCUACAACUUUAUCAGCGAAAUAAAAUUGGAACCUUUACAUUUUCCUAUGUGGCAUUUCGGGCUACAAAUAGUGAGUUUCCUUGUUUUCAUAUUUGGUCAAACUGCGCAGUGAAAAGACACUGGUUCAAAAGGUUGAGCCUGAAUAUAUCCAUUUGUUCACUUGUGAUGUUUUCCAUAGUGCUUUUCUUGUAACUGUUUCAAUAAAUUUGGGGAAAUUA